AUGGUUCGCGGCCUGGUCGUGAACCUGGUCAAGGCGACCGAGAAGCCACUGACCUUAACAGAGAAACAGUACCUGCUGGCCAGCGAACGCGGAGACGUGUCGUCGUUGAAGAUGUUUCUUACCGCCGAACACGACGACGGUGCGUUUAACAAGAAUUGCAAGGACCCCCUUGGCAGGACCAGUCUUCGGAUCGCUGUCGACAACGAAAACAUAGAGAUGAUCGAGUUGUUGUUGGAAAACGGCGUCGAAACUGGAGACUGUCUGCUGCACGCAAUAAACGAAGAGAAUGUCGAAGCGGUGGAAACCAUUCUGAACCACCUCGAGCAACAGGACGAAUUCACGAUCGAGGUAUGA